AUGGAGACAGCUCGAAGUGUCUCCUUUUGUGUAGCUGUCGCGUGCUGUCUCCUUUCCUUUGCUGCGGAGGGGUCUCCUGUAGCGCCUCAGCGGUCGCUGUCUCCAACAGAAUUUGCUGUCACCGAUCUGCUGUCCCUUUCUGGGGGUCUUACCACUGCAAGUUCCCUUCUUACGUCUGCUGCUGCUGCAGCAGCAGCAGCAGACGCAGCAGCAGCAGAAGCAGCAGCACCGCAAGAGACACUAAAGUCUGCGGAGUAUGCUGUGGGGCCCCCGGGGCCCCUGGACCCGCUGCAAGGCGGGAAGGCAAAGAUUAAAGAUGAAGACAACGAGAAGACACCCCAUCCUGUCUCUAAAUGUGUCUCUGAAGAUGUCUCCGAGACUGUCUCUCUAGCUGUCUCCGCUGCAGCUGACGACGGCGGAGACACCGAGUGGGUGCAGCACAUUGUAGAGGGGCAGCGCCUCACCUUAACCGCCAAAGUUAUAGGAAAGACAAACCCAAGCCCCCCCAUACACUUCCUGCAGCAAUCUUCUUAUCCCUCUUCCCUUGCAAGCAGCAGCAGCAACAGCAGCAGCAGCAGCAACGGCGGUGGAGGCAGCAGCAGCAGCAGCAACCUCUCGGACACACUGACAUUCCCGGUGGCAUCUGUUGCUGCUGCUGCUGCUCCUGCUGCUGCGGUUCGUGACGCCUCUGCUGCUGCUGCUGCUGAGGAGACACCUGAAGCAGGGGCCCCACAAGGAACCCUUCAGGUCCCCUUAACAGAAGCAGCAGGGAGACAGAGACAGCUUCCUGCAAGGAAGCGGCUGGAGGCCCCCAACCAAGUGCAGCUAAUGGUUGCUGUUGAGAUGAUGCAGCAGAAGACCCCUGUCCUCUAUGCCUUUCGAUGGGGCAAACCAGCCACCUGGGCUGAGUACGACUACCUGCUGGAGGCUCGCGAGGAGGGUGUAUAUAUAUUAGAUUUGAAGGAGCCGCUGCACUUCCCUGUGCAUGCGUCUCCUCGAUUAAAGACAGAAGGAGACAGUUUAACCCCAGUGUCUCCUGUGCUGCCCCGUCCUCGCAAGAAGCGGGCCCCACAGCAGGAGGCUUCAGGUGUACGUACACCUGGGUUUAUACGCGUAGCAGGAGACCAGGGCUGCAAUGUCUCUGGGGGCUCUUGGAGACAGGCAAAUGGCCCUGAGGCAAUAAGAGACCUUACAACGCGUCCCUCGUCUGUCCCCUUAUACUAUACUAUUCAACUAGCACCUCCUCGGGGGUCUGUAGGAGACGCCCUCAAACCCACGAGCUUUGUGCAGCACUCCAUCUGUCUCCUUUUCUCAGGGCCCCCUCUGCUGCAGCUGUUUCCUGUAGACAGCGCAAGGCGCUUCAAGCAGCAGCCGCUGCAGCAAGGAGACAAUUUGCUGCAACAAGGAGACAAUUUGCUGCUGCAAGCAGAUAAGGCAGCAAUGCAGCACGCGGCUGUCUCCGAGAGCAGCACCAGCCUCGGUGGCUCAGCAAACGAGACACCAGAAGAGACACUGGAGACAACAGAGGAGGAAGGGGCAGCUGAUGAGACAGCUGAAGGGACAGCUGAGCUCAGCAGACGGCGGCGAGCAGCGACUGCAUGCACUCAAGUGUCUCGGCUCCCCUGGCUGGAAGGAGACACCUCCUCUUCUCCUGUCUCCUCUUCCUUGGGUAAAGAAGAAGCUGUCCCUUUAUCUCCUCCUAAGGAGACUCUGCUGGCUGCAGCGCAGCAGCAGCGCGGGCCCAAAGGGAGUGAUGUAGGGGGGCAGCAAAGGAGACAGUUGUCUCCAGUGGCUGCUCAGGAGGAGGCCUGCAGCGUCCCUUACUCUGACUUCGUGUACUACAGCGACUCUCUUGCCUUCAGCAGCAGACCCAUUCGUGCAACGGAGACAGCAAAUGCAUGCAGCGGGGGCUCUGCUAGGGCCUUAAAGCUGCAGCCCCACAAGGCAGACGAAGGGUCUCUUGAGGAGACAGUUGCUGCUGCGAGCAGCAGCUGCAGCAGCGGGGGAGACACACUGUCACUACUUCAAGGAGACACCUCACCGAGGCUGCUGCGGCGAGCCCCCUCCGUUACUUUCACUUGGAGGCAGCUGUUGCUGCACAGCAGCAGAGUCAGACAGAGACACCUCAAAGGAGACAGUCCCCCCUCUCCCCCUGAUGCUGCCACCCUGUGGGGUUUGCUAACGACAGGAGACAUCCCUUGUGCGUUGCUGCAGCUUCGAGCAUUAGAGCCUGCAGGAGACGAUAAUGAGGUGUCUCCUGAGCCUUCAAGUGUCUCCUCUUUAAACUCUUGUGCUGCAUUUGAAGUUGCUGCCAGCGCAGGUGUAGUGACGCCUGAAGCCCUCACCCGCCCCUCAGGUGUCUCCUUGCUGCUGCCGAGAGAUCUGCUGCCUCUACAAAUACAGAGAGCAGCAGGUGCUGUGGUAUACCGCAUGAAGCUCAGGCAGACUAUCCCUAAAGACACCUUCACUCUUCACCAGCUGUCUCCACCGCACCAAGGCCUCGAGCAGCAGCAGCAGCAGCAGGAAGAGAAGCAGCACCAGCAUGAACAUGAACAGCAGCAGGGACAUGAACAGCAGCAGGGACAUGAACAGCAGCAGCAGCAGCAGCAGCAGCAGCAGCAAGGAGAGGGUGAGGAGCAAGGGACAUUAUGGGUUGUUGAGCAGGCUCUUGAGGUGCGGGAGCCGGGGUUUGGGGAGUGGCGCUUGGGGCUGCGGCGCCUGAGAAAAGGGGGCCCUAAAGGAGACACUUUAAGGGGGGGCAGCACCUCGUGCUCUGAUGUAGUUUCAGUGUUUGUCUUGCAGCGCUCCUGCAGGUCUGUCCUCGGAGACACCUCCAGGUGUCUCCUCAGUAGCCCCUUCUACCGUUCCUUGCUACAGGCUUGGGGCCCCCUGCAAGCGAAGGCAGGGGGGCACCACCCUAAGCUUGUGCAUGCAACGCAUGAGGGAGAAGGAGACAUCUCGCUGUCUCCUGAAGCUGUCUCCUUCCAACACAGAGACAGUCCCCAGGCUGUCUCUCUACAACGCAGCAACGAGUAUGAGACCGCUGCAGAGGCAGCAACAGCAGCUGAAGCAGCAGCAACAGCAGCAGCAGCAGCAGCAGAAGCCCAGGUGUCUAGCCCCAAAGGUGUCUCCUUCCCUUCAAUGGGGAGAGGAGACCAGCUAGAUGAAGACUGUCAUUGGUGCAGCACAGCUAUUGAAGCAUUUGCUGCAACUUCGUUCUUCAGGCGUAACCUCUUGCAGGCGUCUCUGUCCCUUGGGGCCCCCCCUACACUGCCCAAAAGCCUCGUCUCCUCGCCUUCCACAAAGGUUGCUGCCAUGGAGGCCCGUAGACUGAGUGCUGCUGCUGCUGCUGCUGUUGAGGAGACACCUCAAAAGGAGACUGAUAAGGAUGCAACAAACACCAAGUGGAUACCUGUGGGGCCCCCUGCCUUCACUUCCCUAUCCCUCACUCCCCAAACCUCCUCCGGGGGACGCAGUCUCUCUGUGUUCGUUGAUCUGUCUCCUUUUGCUCUCUCUCGCAAUCGCCGUUGCGCCCCUCUCCUAGACCGCAUGCAGCAGCAGCAGCACCAGCACCAGCAGCAACAGCAGCAACAGCAGCAACAGCAGCAACAGCAGCAGCAGGAGGUUCUGCUGCUGCAAGGCCGCCGCUUGUAUUUCUAUUCUCUCGCCGUCUUCGUCUCCAGGGAUGCUGUCCCCCCUCAGCCUAAGCCGUGGUGGAACGAGAUAAAGGAGACACUUCCUGCACUUGCUGCUGUCUCUUCUAUAGAGGCCAACCCCAGGGCCUCCAAGAGACAGGCCCUGUUGCGUCUCCCUGUCUUCUGCGAAGAUGCAGCAGACGACGGUGAAGAACAGCUCUUGAAGGGGCCCCCAGGGGGGCCCCCAGAGAGACACCCAAGAGGGCUUCCAGGGGGCCCCAAAAGGAGACACCUGCUGCAGGAGACAGCACGAAAAGAAGGUAAAGUUUCUCUGAGCAGCAGCGCGUGGAAUGUUGAGGCGCAGCUGCUGCCGCCGGACUUCAGUUUGCUGCCGACAACUUAUGUGCUGCAGUGGCAGUUGCUGGAGACACAGGAGACACCUGCGGGGGCCCUUUCUGCUGCUGCUGCUGCAGCAGAAGCAGCAAAGGGACGCGUAGAGGGGACAGCUAAUGAUGCAUCCGAUGCAGACCUCAGGCUGCAUCUGCUCGCCUCGUCUGAUGUAUCCCGUCUCUGCAGAGUGCCCCGAGUUUGGUUCUUGUGCGAUAACGGAUAG